UAAAAUUUAAAGUAAUCAAAUUUUUAAAAAAUAUUUUGUAAAGAUUGUCGUAGAAAAGGCUAUUUUCUUUAAAAAGCACAAAAAUUUGGUUGGUGCAUCAAAAAUAGAGACGAAGAGGGGAACCAAAGAAGCAAGAAAAGAAAAGAAAAACAGAGCAGCCAUGGGCGGCCAUUGAUUUGGUUCCCAGUUUCUUUCUCGUCCUCAAACACUCAACAGUUUCCGGAAGCCAUGGAAGCCAUCGUCAAACAGCCAAAACCAAAAAAAAAAACACACAAUCUUUCACCUUCAACCAAUUCCACAAACUAUGCCCAUCGAAUUUCAGUCAACGCCCUUCAACUACAAUCUUCUUCCCAUCCCUUUCCAUGGAUUCCGGUCAUCCUAAACCCAAAUAUGUUAUGCUCUCCGACAGCCAGGCCAGCCUCCGCCCGCCGCCGUACCGCCGCAACAUCCCCCGCUACCACUCCAAGUCCCACGGCGGCGGCUGCGGCUGCUGCUUCAAAUGCAUCUGCUGCUGCUACUGCUUCCUCUUCUUCCUAAUCUUCGCCCUCAUCGGAUUUGGGUAUUUUCUCUGGUCUUAUUACUCGCCCCAAAUCCCUUCCUACAAGGUCAGCGAUUUCAGCGUCCACGCCUUCGAUGUGAAGCCCGAUUUCAGCCUCCACACUGAAUUCAUCGUCAUCGUCAGAGCCGACAACCCCAACAACAACAUCGAAUUCGUCUACGGCAAGGACAGCUCUGUUUCCGUCCUCUACUCCAAAUCCCAGCUCUGCGCCGGCAAGAUUCCAAAUUUCCGGCAGCCCUCCAAGAAUGUCACCGAUAUCAACAUUUUGCUGAGCGGGAACAGCGAAUUCGGAUCUGGGCUGCAGGAGGCGCUCAUGCAGAACCGGCACAGCGGCAAAAUUCCUCUGUUCGUCCAGGUCAAGGUGCCGGUCACGGUGGUCGUCGGAGGAUUCUCGUUCAGGAAGAUCACGGUGUUGGUGAAUUGUUCGUUGGUGGUGGAUAAUUUGUCCCCGAAUAAGAAAGCUGGGAUUUUAUCGACUAAUUACUCUUAUGGUGCCACUUUGUGAAAUUUGUAAAGCUUGUGGUUGUGGGUUAAUGGGAGAUUAUUUUGAUUA